UUUAAAAAAAAAAAAAAUCAAAUAAAUAAAGUGAACGGUGGCUACAAUCAUUGUAAUUUGAUCUCUGAGAAGAAGAACAUGAUGGACAUGGAGAUGACAAGUAGCUCAGUACCUGUCUGCAGACAAGGUCUGUUCAUCCACACGGGAAACCCACUUAUGCGAGACCACCCACUGUCCUGUGAGAGGCUGCUUCAUGUUGGCCAGCUGAACCUGGCGCACUCGGAUAUAAGGUCACCCAGGUUUCAAGACUCAGUAGAUUCUGCUGCUCCAUGCCUGAAUGGAAGUCACCCGGCUCAGCACAUUAAACAAGAAUGCCCGAGUGAUUAUAAGGUUCUGUCGGAGGCUUCCACACAUAGGAGGAUUACGGAGGGGAUGGAGCUGAGAGCCUCCGGUAGUCUGCAUCCUGAAAUAGACCUAAUGAAUAAUAGCUUUACAAAUUCUCUUUCAUCCUACUUGUUUAAUAAUGAACAUAGCUCCUCCCUGGGUCCUUUGUCACUUGGCACCCCUCAGCACUCAGCCAGGCUACAAACAAGCAACCUGAAGAAGAGAUGCAUCUCUGUUGUGCCGUCUUCAGCUGAAGGAAUUGAUAUUACAGCUAUCAUCCGCACAUCACAGACGUCACUGGUCACCUGUGUGAAUGGACUGCGAACUAAUUCAGCUGGCAUUUCCUCUCAUCCUGUGGAGAUCAGUCAUCACAGUGCUCAAAAAUCCUCUCGGCCACAGUCUUGCUCUCAGCCUGGAAACCCUUGCAGUAUUCCCUCCCCUCCAGCAUGUCUUGUACCUGUUUCCGCUGAAUGUGACAGAGGUGACUGUGAGCAGAUACAAAUGCAGCAAGUCGAGGAGAAUGGAAGCCUCAGCCUUAUGAUGAAUGGUACUAGCAUUACUCAACAGAACACCUCCCACAGCACCCAGAAGGUGAGUUUCUUAAAACAAGAACCAGCUGACGAUUAUUCCUCCACUGCUGAUCUUUUUCGACAUCACCAGGGGCUGCCUCCCCCUUACCAUCUACACCAGCAACUAAGCCAGGCUCAAGGGACACUGCCUCACUUACACGCCUCUAUGUCUCCAAAGUCCCUUCAGCCCAGCGACGGGGAUGAACAGGACCUCAGCAAUGGCAAACAGGUCUGUCGGUGGAUUGACUGCAGUGCCACUUACGACCAACAAGACGAACUGGUCAGACACAUAGAAAAGACUCACAUUGACCAGCGGAAAGGAGAGGACUUCACUUGCUUUUGGGCAGGCUGUGUCCGCCGAUAUAAACCCUUCAAUGCUCGUUACAAACUGCUGAUUCAUAUGAGGGUUCAUUCUGGAGAAAAACCAAACAAGUGCAUGUUUGAAGGGUGCAACAAGGCGUUUUCUAGGCUUGAGAACCUUAAGAUUCACCUCCGGAGUCAUACUGGGGAGAAGCCAUACCUGUGUCAGCAUCCUGGCUGCCAGAAAGCUUUCAGCAACUCCAGCGACCGGGCAAAGCAUCAGCGAACACACCUGGAUACCAAACCCUAUGCCUGUCAGAUUCCUGGCUGCUCCAAACGCUACACCGACCCCAGCUCCCUGCGCAAGCACGUGAAAGCUCACACAGCCAAAGAGCAACAGGUGCGUAAGAAGCUAAAUUCAUGUACUGAUAUCGAACAAGAUGUACUAAGUGAAUGCUUAGCUAUACAACAACUCCACACAUCUUCACAACACAUUUUGGAUGGGAAAUGUGGUAGAACUGUAGGUCAUCAUGAUUUAAUUACAG